GCACGCGGGGCGGGUGCAGGCACAGGGCGCAGCAUGCUCGGGGCCGUCGGGAGCCUUCUGCGCCUCCGCCCGGGGCGCAUCCUUAGCUGCGUCCCGGGGGCGCCUGGAGAAGCGGCGCGGUGGCCGUUCGCGCCUCUUGGGCCUCGGGGUCUUCCCCGCUACUCCAGCGACGGGGCCCCCAGCGGCUCUGGGCCCCAAGGACCCGCAGGGAAAGUUCACAGGGUCCCCGCCGAGCACAAGCCUUCGCAAUUCGACAAGAAAAUCCUGCUGUGGACCGGACGUUUCAAAACGAUGGAGGAGAUCCCCCCUCGGGUGCCGCCAGAAAUGAUAGACGCUGCAAGAAACAGAGCUCGGGUGAAAGCAUGUUACAUAAUGAUCGGAUUCACAAUUAUCGCCUGCUUUGCAGUGAUCGCGUCAGCCAAAAGGGCUGUGGAACGACAUGAAUCCUUAACAAGUUGGAACCUGGCAAAGAAGGCUAAGUGGCGUGAAGAGGCUGCGUUGGCUGCACAGGCUAAGGCUAAAUGAUAUUCUGAAGUGUUCAUUGGAAUAUCAUCACUAUUAUCAGCAACAAUAAAAGAUAGGUAAAAUAGAAUAUCUAACGAAAUAUUUGCCAUGGUUUUAUUUUGGUGACAAGAAGUACAGAGUCUUUUAUAUUUUUGCUUUUUAGUAAACUUUUAUUGAUAGAGUGCACACAUUUAGAAAAGUGCACAAAAGUGUAUACAGCUUGAUAAAUUUGUACAUAGUGAACACACCUGCGUAACCACUGCCCAGGUCAAGAUGUAGACCAUCAACAGCACCUCAGAAGCCUCCUUUCUGCCCUCUGUCAGUCAUUACCCUUCAAAGGUAACCGUUGUUCUGAGUUUUAUCACCAUAGCUUAGUUUUGCCUGUUUUUGAACUUUAUAUAAAUGGAAUUACACAGUAUGCGAUUGUGAGUGUGGAUUCUUACACU